CAAGUGCUGUCAGAUGGUUUUUCAGGCCUGAAAGGAAAGAAAAAAACAACAGUGUUUUUCCUGUCCCUUCGAUACGGAAAAUUAUUUAAUGGCUUCGCUAAAAGAUUGGGAUGUGCUCCGGCUAUCGACACUGAUCACGAACGUGAAUGCAAAACUCUCGGCUAGCAUUCGAAUCGACAAGGAGUAUCAGCUGUUGUGUCUCGUGCGCCAGAAUGAUCAGAUACUGUUCCGGUACAUCGACCACCAUGGCGAGGUUCACCUGAUGCUGCUGUGCUGGUUCGCCGAGAAUCAGAAGAAAAUUCAGGACGUGUGUUUCGACAAUGAAGGCUCCCGUUUGUUGGUGUUUUGUUAUGACAACACGCUGCACAUCGUGCCGGCGCUAGCAAUUUGUGAUAAAUCGUACGAAGAUGGCAAACGCGCUCCCGAGAUUACGUCCUUCAUCGUUCCGUUCAUUGGGCCGCACGAGUGCCCAAACCCUCAAACAUGUCCCAACAAUUCGCACAACAAUCAUCCACAGACGGGCAGAUCGUCGCACCGUUCGUCGGUUGCUUCCGAGGCUAGCCUCAAGGGUGCGGGGACGGCCAGCGGAGGCAGCCCAUCGUCGUCCGAACCGAAUCUCAUCUUUGACGCACCGACCAUCAAAAAGUCGAGCUCCACGUACACGACACACAAGAUCGAUGAAAUCUUUUCCCUUAACAGUAUCUACCGGAAGCUGUUCCUGGAGCAGCUGGAGCGGGCACGGGCCGAGGAGAAUGCGAAUCGCAGCAUAUCGGCCACCGGUACCGACACCCCGAUUGCGAUGCAAACGAUCGAAGAUUUCUUUGCCGACGGGUGCCAGCUGAAGGAGAGUGGUAGCAUACCCGGGGACGCUACAUCGAAGGCGUCUACGCCACAGGAAACGAUUUCCAUCAGCUCCAGCUUGGAGUCGACGGUAUCGUUGUCCUGUCCGUAUCCAACGUGCUGCAGCUGGUGGAAAACGCUUGCAAAUGAACCGCGAGCCAUUCUGGGCUAUUCGGAUGGAUCGAUAUGUGUCGUAGGACUCAUGCCGAACUGUUCGUUUCUCGGCGAUACGAACUGUGAGCGAGGAUCGAUCGAGAAGCUGAUCAUCUGUCAGGACAAUAGUAUGGAAACGAUCAGCCUAAUGAUCAAUACAUCUACCAAAGAGCAAUGGAAGCUACUUCUGGAGCAAAAGUCUAUCAAGUACACCUUUCCUGGCGCCAUCACUCCCACCUCCGUGCAGGACCUCAAGUCCGAGCUGCUCAAAUCUCUCUCGUCCGAUGGCACGGGCAGUGAAAGCGGCUCCGUUCCGAUAGAAGAUUGGCAGAUUGUACUUUCACUACCCAAGGAGGGUGAAACGGCAAGCGGAAGUCAGCAGCGGCAGCAAGGCGCCGGCUCGCAACCGAACAACGACGCGGACAGUAACGAUUCAAGCCCCAACAGCUCGGAACCACCUUCGGGGGAUGAUUUCGAGAAGGUAGAGAACGAAACCGCCACCGACGGUAAUGAUAAAGCGGAACAGCAGCAGGGCGCCCUGCCGAAGCUGUUCCCUGCGGCCAAAGCGCGAUUACUGUCGUUGCGUGAUCUCGGUGCGAAGAAAAUCGGCACGCUCAAGCUGAAGCUUUCGGAAAGCCGAAUCCGUGCGAAGGAACGUGAAAAGUACAAGGAGCAGGCGGCAAAUCUGGCGGUAAUGGAGCUACCGGGCAUGUACCCGGAGAUUCUAACGACACCGGCCGGUCCGUACUUUGUGGUGCAGCAUUUGGAUGGAAAGUAUUUGCUCAGCGCACUGCACUCCUACUCGGACACGCUGUCGGUGCACAGUAUGGACAUUAGCUUGAUACCGUUGCACAUCUACAAGCUGCCAAAGCAGUGCCAUACGACGCUACUGACGAAGAACGUGCUGUACGUGCUGCAUAGCGUGCAGGAGGAGGAGCAAGAACCGACCGGUGACCCACCGGAAGAGCCUUUGGAGUCGAAAGUGGAUGGAAAUAGCUCGGUGGAUGACACUACUAGCAGCAGCACAACUGAGUCGGGCGUACCGAAUACGGUCAGUGUGGUCAGCAGUAAAAUAGCCGCAAUGAAGAUGGGCGACGAUUGUGAUUUCAACGAGCAUUCGCUGCUGGGAGUUUUUCACUUUCCGGAUGAGCGAGUGCUCGACAUACAUCGUGUGUCCCCUGCCAGUCGGAAGGAGGACGGGACGGUGGACGCAGCGCCCUAUACCGAUCCACCGGAACAACCACAGUCAAGCGCAGGGGAAACGAACGAUGGACGAUCGAUCUUUCAAAAGUCGGCCGUUUCAAACUAUCUGCGCAUUCAGCGGGGAUUGCGCAUGGAGCGCAAACUGGACAUGUCCGAGCAGCAGGUCAUGGCGGAAGAGUUUCCCAGCAUCGAGUUCGACCAGGCCGUGAUCGUAACCGAUCGCAAUCUGUAUUCGGUUGAGCUGGCAGACUGUGGCAAGAAUCUGUUCCUAAAUAUGGCCCACAAGUGCAUUUGGGCGGCGUGCGAAGAUUUUUGCGCCACGUUUGGGCUGCCGCUGGCGAGCUGUAUCGAAUACGCCGGGGACGUGCUGUUGCAAAGGAAGCGCAUUUCGGAGGCGCUCAUGACGUACAACGUGGCGAGACUGUCGCCGAUGAAGACGGCACUGAAGUUAGCGCUGGCAAACGAGAGUAAAGCUCUGAUGAAGCUGUCCGCAAUGGCGUUGCGCAACUCGCACAUCAUCAACAGUCAGUUCCUGAUGCACGACGUCAUGCGGCAGCUGGUCGAUGAGGCACACCUGGGGAACGUUGUGUACGAUUCGCUGAUGAACCUGAACUCACGGACGACGCUCAAACCUAUCAACACUGGCGCACAAUGCAGUGAUUUCUCGUACGACAACGACGACGUGAUGCUGGACGUGCAGAUUUCCCCGGCGGACCAGUUUCACCUAUCGAACUUGAUGUUUCUUACGCUGUGUGAGCGCUGCACGGUGGACAAAAACUACAUCCCGCUGUGGAACUACAUCGUUACGAACAGCAAGUAUCACACGAGCUUGGCCUGCAUCAUGCUUGCCCACGGGAAGCUCUACUCUACCGCCGUACUGUUGGCGAUGACGCGCGGCACCUGUCUCGAUGUGUUCAGCUGUCUCGUAGGCACGUGGGAACAAACGGUCGCCGAAACGCAGGCAGCAACGCCGGCCGAAACGAACGCGUUCGUGUACAACCUGUCGAACGAACUGUUUAUGGAGUGUCUCAUCUACCUGCGAGACUACACGAUGAACUACCUGCAGCUGAUACGUAAAAAUCUGGACGUGUUCGACAUCAACGUGCUGGAGCGACUGAUCCGCCAGCUGAACCCGUUUCAUCCCGUGUAUCGGCCGCUGAUGCACCGGCUGUCGAACCAUGAAAGCACCGCCAAGGAACCAUCCGGCCGUCCAUUGCUGUUCUUCUGCAAAGCGUUGAUUGAAACGUUUCUGGCCGUAUCGGUUCGGGCCCAGCAGCUGAAGAUGCACCACGACGGCUCGUUUCUGAACGCCCUGAAGCAUGUGCGCGUACACCAUGAGGAGCGCGCGAUCGAGAUGCGCCUGGCACGGUUUUCUCCUAUUGCGACUGGGUUCUUUCAUGCGGCCGCUGUCGUUAGCCAUACGGCAUACAUUUGGGGCUCGAACGGUGUAAACUGUGCGCUGAGUCGAACCGCACUGCAAGGGGACGCCAUUGGAGCAAAUGGCCAACCACCGGCCGUAAGCUUUCUGCGUCAGAUUGAGCUCGACGUGUUGGCUGUUCAGUGUGGUCGAUUGCAUACGCUGUUUCUCACCAGCAAUGGGCUUUAUUCAAUGGGCGCCAACAAUCUGGGUCAGCUAGGAAUCGGGAAUCACGUUAUCAACGCCCUGCAACCGAUGCUAGUAAAGACGUUGGAUGGAAAGAGCACCACCCACUUUGCUGCCGGCCAGUAUCACAAUGCGGUGGUGGCAAAUGGGCUGUUGUACACUUGGGGCUGGGGCGUGUUUGGACAGCUCGGUCAUGGAACGGUGAAUGAUUGCAACAAACCAAAGAUUGUGGAAUUUUUCAGGAAUAAGAAAAUACUACAAAUUGCGCUGGGUCAUGCACAUACCAUGGUGCUGUGCCGGGGAGAGCACGAAACCCACAGCAGCCUGUACGUGUUCGGUUCCAAUCACUACGGUCAGCUAGGAUUGGGACAGGAAGAUCCGUUCGGCGUUACCGUUGAUACUCGCAAUGGGAAAUCGUUCCUGAUCUCGCUUGUUCCCCGCAAGGUGCAUCUAGACGAAGAGAUAUGCGUUAUCAAUACGAAACUGUUUGUGAACCUGGUUUUGACUACUUCGAACAAAUUGUACACCUGGGGAUCUUCGCCGCAAGCAUUGCGCUUAGCUACGCAGGCAAGAAAACGGGCAAAAUCUUCCAACACCGGUAAGGGCGGUAGUUACUCCAAGUUCAGCUCGAUCCUGCGAUCGGGAUCGAAAUACAACGGCACAGAACAUACCACUAGCGCAGCGGAAUCGUCCCCAAGCGAAACAAAGACACCGCAAUCGACUGAAGAAACGGACAAGGACGAAACCGAGACGACAACGGGCGAAGAGUCGAGUAAACAAGAAGACACGGAAAGGCAAACGAACACGAGCGACCCGUCGGAUGAAGAAUCUGCUGCAGGACAAUCAACGGAUGCCAGUAUUAUUAUUCCGGAGAUCAAGAUUACCGAUGAUGGACCGGCAGGCAACGAAAAGCUACAGGCGGGAAAUGAAGCGGACGAAAAAGCAACAACCAACAGUGGUGGCGACGACGCAAUGGAGCAUCUUUUCCCAUUGUUUGUCGACACAUCUUUGGUUGAAGGAAGAAUUGUAAAGAUUUCCAGCGGUCUGUACCAUUUUGCAAUCGUAACGGAGGAUGGGUCCAUCUACACCUGGGGCAAGAACAUCGAACGUCAGCUGGGUCGCGAGGGUGGUCGUAAUGAGGUGCUGAUUCCUACCCGCUUGGAGACGGUGGACAAUGUGGAGCAUGUCGAGUGUGGGGCCGACUUUACGCUGAUUAUGACGAAAGAUCAUGUCGUGAAGGCUUGGGGUAACAACAAUAUGGGCCAGUGUGCCAAAGAGAUUAACCUCGAUCGUUCCGGAAUACCGGGCAAGCUGGUGCGGUUGCCUAUCUCGAACCGUGUUGUGCGCAUCCCGGACAGCUCCCAGUUCAUCGAGGCUCCGUACGAGGUGAAGCUGCCGACAAACGAUGGGCUAGGAUAUGAUGAGUCGCUGCGGUUCUUGAAAUCGAUGCCCAAGUUCAGACGCACGUUCGUGUUGAAGAGUGCGCUGGAGAAGCUGAUUAGCAAUAGUAUUUCGACAAUAAGCUCAAGCCUAAACGACGUCAGCAAUGCAGAGGAGGUGGAUGAUGUGGUCGGAGACUUGCCGGAUUCGUUGGGCGAGGGACGGUUGUUGUUGCAGCAGCAGCAGCAGCAGCAGCAGCAGCACGCCAACAGCACGAUGUCUUCGUUGCAAUCCGUAUCGUACGCCACCUCACCGACAUCACUGGCAAUAGACGACGAGGAGGACGAUGAAGAGGAAGACGAUGAGGAUGACGAUGAAGAGGCCGGCAUUGUAGGAGAAUGCGAAGGCGGAAGAGCGAACGGUGGAACGGAUCGUUCCGCGGACUCGUCGCGUCUGUUCAACGAGCGACACUUGCUGGGCAAUGAUUUCAUCCACUACUGUCUGUACAUCUUUCACGGGCUGUAUAGUCAGGACGACGUGCUGGAGCUGACAAAACGCGGUACGGAGUAUCACAUUCGCAUGAUGAUGCUGAACUACGAUUACGUGGAAGCGUUCCGGUUGAUACUGGAGAUGCGUUCGUCGUCGCUGUCGUCAUCCGCUUCGGCUGCCACGAUUGCGUGCCACACGCAAAACAUGGUCAAAAUCUUCGAGUACUUCACGAAAGACUCCAACAUCAUCCCGAUGGAGAUGGGCAACAUCAAGUACUUCAUUUACGAACUCUUCAUGUUCUUCAUCCGGCACAACUUGAACGUGAACGUGCUGGAGGAGUUUUUUAUGCGCAAUCUCGACUGCUAUCUGGUGCAGCUGGCGUCUGUACUGUACUUUAACAAUCUGAACAAUCUGCUCACGUCGCCACCGCGCGGUGCAUCGGCGACCAGUGGCGGUGGAGGCGGCGGCACGAUCGAUACGGAGGUGCUUGCCCUAGAACGUAAGCUGCUGGACAAGUUCAACAACAACAAUGGCAAUCCGUUGCUGACCGGCGAGCUGUUUGGGCAGGGACGAACGGCAGCCGGUAGUGGACAGGUGGUCCGCAAGCUCGAAAACACGGACACAAUCUGCAAGGCGCUAAGUACUACCUUCAGUGUUACCGUUUGCCAGAAGCUGCUGGAACAUUUCGAUCGCUUCAAAUGACUAUACGCGUUCGGUGUCGAUGAGAUCGGUGACGCGCAGGAAAGGAUACGUUAAAAUGUGUGCGUCCUGUGCGUCCAGGGGAAAAAGGGCCUCGGCUGUUCUGAUUCUAUCCGUUACGUUGAGUUUAUUUUAUUUUUUCGAGAUGAGUAGUUUAUUUUUAUUGUUUUGACAUUUUCUACAACCAAAUUUUACAAGCACCAGGUGCAGCAGAGCAGAAAUGAAAUAGAAUAAGCGUUUUGAUAUUAGUUUGUGAUAGGAGCGUGGAGAACUGAGCUUGGUAGGGUGUUUGGACACACAUUUACAUAGUUCCCCUGCUCGCUUUACAAUGGCAGCGUGGUGGAAAUGUGAUGGAUGUGUGUAGCGUUGGUUUCGACGCGACCUAUACAAUCAUUUUUUACUACUAUUGUUAAUAAUUUACAAAACAAACAUCAGUAACAGACACGAUCACAGUGCCAGAAUAGAGUAAAAACAAAACUGGGUACGCACAAUGAUAAUCGUAGAACGGGCUAUCGUCCGAGUGUAGCGUGUUUGCGAAGGGAUUAUAUUUUACGUUUGACUAUGACGAUGGAAGUGUUUGUAAGCAAUUUUUCUCGCACUCCUCUGGCAACUAUUUAUUAUACCUUUUUGGUCUACAAAUUUUGUGAGACAACUUUUGGCAACGAAUUAUGAAGUAUGUUGUAUGUUUGGUAUUUCUUUGAAACGUGUGUGUUCUUCAUAUAUAUAUAUAUAUAUAUAUAUAUAUAUAUAUAUAUAUAUAUAUAUAUAUAUAUAUAUAUACAUUUAGAUAUGCUUAUAUCAGUAGUACGAUCCGCGUCGAGUCUAGUGACUUUAUCGGCUUAACUUAUUUAUACAUUAUAUUACUUACCCACCCACCAGCACAACUGUAACUCGUGUAAUGAACAGCAGUAAGCGUGUAGGUUAUUAUAUUUUAAAAUCUUUCCUAUUUUUUAACUGUGGACAUCUGCCCGAAUGUUUAUUUGUCAGCGUCAGCUUGAAAGCGACAAUCGCGUUGCACUUGUGCCAAGUGGCACUGUUGUCAAUUUUUAAUUAUAGAUAAUUUUGCGCAAACCCUCCCUUUACGCUUUGUAGAGACAGUAAAAAUUGUAAUCAAACGAUAUAUAAUUAAUGAUUUGCCAUAUUGAUCCCAUUUUAACAUGCUUCAUCUGAUUAGCUUUGUUUGAUGUGUUUGGCCGUGAUUUGUGACAGCAAGCAACUGGAGUGCAAUUAAGGGGCACCAAUAGAGACGAUUCAAAGCAGCGUAACUCACAGUAAAAAAAGAGUCUCAUUUAUGAUCGAAUCUUGUGUGAAACAUGAUUAAUAAAAAAACAAAAGGGUAAUAAUCGGUAGAUAAGCACAUUCAAUGCAGCAAGUUGCCCGUGCUUGGAGUAGGGAAGGAGUACAUCACAAAUUGACGGUUUUUUGAUUGUGACAAUGUGCUUUUUGAUAUGGGAACUGCUAAAGUAAUGCUUGUGAUGAGUGCUAGUACGCUGCAUAUGGGCAAUGAAGCGUGGUUAAACUCUAAAAAAGACUUUCAUGGAAUACAGCGUGUUGGUUCAAUGUUGUGGCCUUCUAUACGGGGAAUGAGGGAAAGCUAUACACUUGAUGCUUCGCAAAAGACGACUAAUUAAAAAAAAAAACAGCACCAUAGGGACGGUAUACAACUGACAGCAGAGUCAAAUAAUCAGCAAUUGUGCCGAACUCAUUAUUCUAGUCCAGCAAGUCCAGAGUGUGGAGAUGAUAGAGAUAGUUUAGUUUUACAUUUUUCAUUUCCCUUCAAAAACGUUUUGUUGCGCUCGUCAGCGUUUUACUUUCGGUGUCGUGAAAGCGGCGAGGCACUAAAUCAGGGCGGAAGGGCACAAAAAUAUGUGGCAAUGAGCACGAUGCGCCAGUGGAUGUGUGAUGGGGCCGUGUUGUGGUCUAUAUUGCAAUAUGAAACGUUACUAGUAGAACAGUAAUUACAGCAAGACAAGUAGCAUACACGCUCAUAUUCAAUGAUAUAUCAACCGUAAUGAACCAUGUGGACACAUCUGUAAGCAUUAAUCAUGCACUGUCGUAUCUCCCGAUGAGAUCAUUUAACAUAUUCUUCUCACUCAUCGGUAGGAAAGCGCAACGGGGGGGGGGGGGGGGGGGGGGGUAGGAAGAGCACGCCGCGGUAAUAUCGCACCUCCCACGGUAGGAAGGGACACUCUAGUUGUUCGGUAGUUGACUUAUUAUAAGCAGGCGAUCAGUCAAGCUUUAUCACAAAACGCUUUAAAUAUGGAUCAGUGAACAAUAAAAUUAACGCAAACGAUAGCAAUUCAUUGUUAAAGACAUGGGAGUGUGAAGCGAUCAGAGUACUAGCGAAGGAGUGAAGCCUGAAGUACGGCAGCAUAUACUGUUAAACGAAGCGCGUGGUGAACAUGGUUAACGAGUAAAGUGGGAUCAAUUGAACAGGAAGGAUAGAGCAAACAAACGAAAAAGCUUAUAUUACGAGACGCUAUAUCUUGACGAGAUUCUGUGAACAGGAAAGCAAUACCAGCAAGGGCGUUUGUUUCGGAGCAUAACGUUCCAGUAUCGGUGUGCCAUGGGUGCGUGAGGAGGCUAUUCGCUUAUUCGCGCACUAUCACUAGGAGCUUGCCUUGUGGAAAGAACUGAUGGGUGGAACAGUAUCAUUCAAUAAAGGGUUUGUUUACUGCAAAUGG